CGGAAGCGGCGCGCAGCACGUGGGGGCGGUGCCGGCGGAGAGGCCGGUUCUUCUUGGUUGUGUGUGGUGCUGCUAGCGGCCGGAGCCGGGACGGAGCUUGGAUACGGCCUGGCGUCCAUGGAGGCAUCAGCGGAGCAGCCAGCCCCACAGCCCCCGCAUCCGCAUCCCGGGGACCACUGCAUCCGUGACGGCGACUUCGUGGUGCUGAAGCGGGAAGAUGUGUUCAAAGCAGUGCAAGUCCAGCGGAGAAAAAAAGUAACUUUUGAAAAACAGUGGUUCUACCUGGAUAAUGCCAUUGGCCAUAGUUAUGGGUCAACGUUUGAAGUGAGCAAUGGAGGAAGUCUUCAGCUCAAGAAGAAGAAGGAAGAACCUACUUCAGAGACUAAAGAAGCGGGCACUGAUAAUCGAAAUAUAGUUGAUGAUGGAAAGUCCCAGAAACUUACUCAAGAUGAUAUAAAAGCUCUGAAAGACAAGGGCAUUAAAGGAGAGGAAAUAGUUCAGCAGCUAAUUGAAAAUAGUACAACAUUCCGAGACAAAACAGAAUUUGCCCAAGAUAAAUAUAUUAAAAAGAAGAAGAAAAAAUAUGAAGCCGUCGUUACUAUUCUGAAGCCUUCUACCCGUAUUCUUUCAAUUAUGUAUUAUGCAAGAGAACCUGGAAAAAUUAACCACAUGAGAUAUGAUACACUAGCCCAGAUGUUGACAUUGGGAAAUAUCCGUGCUGGCAAUAAGAUGAUUGUCAUGGAAACAUGUUCAGGCUUGGUGCUAGGUGCCAUGAUGGAGCGAAUGGGAGGUUUUGGCUCCAUUAUUCAGCUGUACCCUGGAGAUGGACCUGUACGGGCAGCAACAGCUUGUUUUGGAUUUCCCAAGUCUUUCCUCCAUGGUCUUUAUGAAUUCCCCCUCAACAAAGUAAACAGUCUUCUAAAUGGAACAUUUUCUGCUGAGAUGCUGUCCUCAGAGCCUAAGGCCAGCACUCUGGUUGAAGAAAGUAAUGGUGAACAUGGGGGAAAAGAGAUAUCUGAACAAGCCGAUGAGGAUUGCACGGCAGAAGGCCCAGAAAGCAACCCAGAGGAACAGAGAGCAACGGAAAUUGUUCCCCAGGACCCAGAGAAUAAGGAGCCGAAAGAAAAAGGAAGCAAAAGAGAUUAUAUUCAGGAAAAGCAAAGACGACAAGAGGAGCAGAGGAAAAGACAUUUAGAGGCUGCUGCUCUGCUGGGAGAAAGAAAUGCAGAUGGUUUGAUCGUGGCCAGUCGUUUCCACCCCACUCCACUGCUGCUGUCUUUGCUAGACUUUGUGGCCCCAUCAAGGCCGUUUGUGGUCUACUGUCAGUAUAAAGAGCCUUUGUUGGAAUGCUACACAAAACUGCGGGAGAGGGGAGGGGUCAUCAACCUGAGACUGUCUGAAACCUGGCUCAGGAAUUACCAGGUUUUGCCAGAUCGGAGUCAUCCCAAAUUGCUGAUGAGUGGAGGUGGAGGAUACCUUCUCUCAGGCUUCACUGUUGUCUCGGACAGCCUGCGAGCAGACCCCAGCCUCAAGUCUUGUGCAGGCACUUUCGACACACACGAGGCUGAGGAGCCAGCAGCUAAAAAACAGAAAUGCGUGGGAUCUGGUUCUUAAGAGAUUACUGUUUGUUCCAAGGCGUUCUGCAGCUGUUAAUUACACUUGAAAUGACAUCACUAAACUUUUUUUCCUAUCCUAAGAAUGUGUGGACACCCGUGCCUGGGAAGAAAUAAGCCUCUCCUUUGCUUCUGAUGCAGAUGGGGUUAGUCAGCAGUGCAGCUCCGACGUGUGGUAAUGGGUGAUGCAGCAGUCCUGUUUCUAUAACAGACUCCAAGUACUUCAGAGUACUCUGCAAAUACCUUGGGAAGGUCAACAUCUUGAGAGUGUUGAUAUGUAAGACUUUGUUUCUAUUUCAAGCAAAGAUGAAUAAUACAAGCUAGCUAAAACAUGAUGAGCAGUGAAAAGAAAUCCCCUCUCAUCCAUUCUCUUCAACCUAAGCAAUACGGAUGUGUGAGCCUAUGAGAUUUAUAGUACCAAAAAUGUCUACCCUGUGCCCUGCAAUGGAAUAAGCCUUUUUAAAUACUAGAUUUUAUUAUUUUAAUAGUUGACAGCCUGAGGAAGAUCCAGGUAUU